AUGCUCGUGCAGGCAUGUGCAGGCCGUGGGGAAACGUUCCUUGUGUGGGUGGCGCAUGCAGCCCUGAACCAAGCGACGCAGAAGAGUACUGCUACCCUGUUUGUCGAAGUUUGGCGUGCUGCACUGUAUGGGCAGGAGCCAUCUGCUCCAAAGGGCGCUUCGCCACGGGGCCACGCGCUUCGCCCUGGCCCUUGCCAGGUUUGCUCCUUGCUCGACCGAGCCGCGGAGCCCGGCGACUCUGCAGUGGAUGUGGUCUUCUUCUCGCACCCGCCGUGCUCUGUCGAUUCGAUGGUGUGUUGGAAGGUAUCCCAGCUCGCUCUUCAGCCUCUGGUGGCCCAGUGCGACUCCGGCAUCCAAGAGCGGUUGGGUGCCGUCCUGGUGGAUUCUUGGAUGUACCUCCUUGGCCCUCCGCUCUCCCUGGUGAUCCCCGUCCUGUGGCCGCUCCUGCGGAACGGCCAGGGUUUCGAGAUCGCAGAAGAUGUGAGCUACGCUGGCGUGCAUAUGCAGAACUGGGUACUAGCCUGCUUCGGCUACCAGUACCUGCUUUGGCCUUUCCGAUCCUUCGUCGCCGCACGCAUUGCUCAGAGCGUGUCGAUGGCCGAGAGGAAGGGUGCGAAGGUUCUUUGCCUUGGCGCCCUGAACAAGGCCGAGUGGAUGAACAAUGGUGGCCUUUCCCUGCUCCGUGGCCUUCACGGGGGAGCGAGACUUGUCCAUGGCAACACGCUCACAGCUGCGGCGGUCGUGGAGGCGGCUCGGUCUUUGUUUGGGGCGCCGGCCUCUGUCCGAGCUCCGAUCUUUGUCACCGGCGCCUCGAGCAAAGUCGGCGCGGCCGUCGUGCUGCGCUUGCUGCAGCUAGGCUAUCCGGUACUCGCCCACUCCAGUGACCCGGAGAGGCUUCGGCGCCUCGAGGCCCGAGCACGGCAGCUGGCAGAGAGCGAUCUUCAGGUGACCACCGGCUUGGCCAAGGGCGUGGACACGGCCUACUGGGUCAUCGGCAAGCACGAUCCAAGGGUGGCGCAGUACCUGCCUCGUGGCUCUCGGGCUGUGGUCUUCAGUGUGCCCAAUCCGCUGGAGGAGUCCCGGCGCAAGGACGUUGUUUGGGCACCCGGUGGCAUCCUCCAGCUUGACACUGCACGCUUGGCCAAGCCCAGACAGUUCUCGAACCUUUUGGCAGAGAAUGAAAUCUAUGCCUGCCAUGCAGCCGGCAUCGUCACUGCAGCUCAUGCCGACUGGACGGAUGAGUUGGGCGAGGUCUGCGUGGACGCCAUGUCCCUGCAGUGGGAGGCAGCCUUGCAGAUGGGCUUUUCGCUGCCGCCGCUGCCCCGAGCUGCAGGGAACUUGCCUGGCUCACCUGGCCAGCGUGGGAGACGGAAGGCGGAUGUGGCGGUGAUCGGGGCUGGUCCCUCUGGCCUGGCUACUGCCGCUGCCCUGGUGGAAAAAGGAGUCGACGUUGUCGUGCUUGAACGCCAGUCCGAGAUCCAGGGCAGCUGGCAGGAACACUUCGAAGGCCUCAGCAUCACCACCCGAGCUGGGAGCUGUGGGCUUCCUGGCUGGCCGGUGAAGCUCGUGACCGGCUCGGAUGAGCUAGCUGCCAAUGACUACGUGCAGUAUCUGCGCGCCUACUCAGCGCGCUUCGGACUGGACAUCCGUUGCGGCGUUGAGGUCACCGACAUCGAGGACCAGUCAGGUCAGUGGUGCAUCUUUACUGCCGAAGCCGAUGGAGCUCAGGGGAAGUGGUUUGCCACCGAGCUGGUCAUUGCAACCGGCAAGAGCGUCGCACCCUCCCUGCCGGCGAUUUGGUCAAGCGAACCGGUUCAGCAUCAUCCCGCCAUCGUCCACUCUUCCCAGGUGAGGGGGCCCGAAUUGCAGAAAGCAGUGGCGGCUGCAGGGCAAGGCGAACUUCUCGUGGUGGGUUUCGGAAAUUCUGCAGCCGACCUCUGCAGCAAGAUCCUUGCGCAAGUGCCAGGUGGCACCGUGCACGUCUCCUUGCGGCGGGUGCCUCCCAUCAUGCGCCGGCAGUGGGGCCCGCUCCGCCUCGAAUGGUUUGCUCGCCUUUUCUCUUACGCCUGCGAUAAGAAUGGGGAUCGCCUCGCGCAGCUGAUGAUGCACCUGAUCGAGGGGGACAUCCAACACCUGUUUCCCGCAGACCUUCCCAGAUGGAAGGCACGCCAGGAGAGGCACAUACCGACCAUCGAUCGGGACGGUUCUUUAGUCCGACAGCUUCGCGAGGGCAGCAUUCUGCUACAUCGGGGCGUCGAAGACCUGGAAGCCACAGACCUCAAAAAGCUUGGGAUCCGAUUUCGGGGCGAUGAUCAACGACGAGACUUCUCUACCGUGGUUCUUUGCACUGGCUAUCGGACGAGCCUGGAGUGCCAGGGGGGCUUGUCGCGAGACGCAGUGCGUGCGCGGGCCUUCUUCGUCGGCCUCGGCCCAGAACAGCGAGAUCUGCUCCCGCUGCAGGGAAUCGGGCGAGAGGCUCAGAAAGUCGCGGCGCAAGUCUCCGACAUGCUGAAAUUGAGGAUGCGCCAAAGUGAAAGGGACUGGGGCAGGGAAGCGUCGGAGUCCUCGCCGGAACGAACGAAGGACAAGGACCUGUGA